CUCUCACUAGGCGGCGGUAAUGGACAUUGACAUUCCUCACGAGAGCAGCACUUCGUCAUCUUGUAGUAUGAGGCUAGAACAACAACGUUUAUAUCAGCAUAGAAGACAAAAGUCCAACUUAUUUAAACAAGUGUAGCCGGUUAUUCACGAGGGGAAAUAAAAAACAUACUUUGUCUAUCAUCCUGGACAGGUAUUUACUAACAAUCUGGUGUUGGUGAAUUGUGUAUCAACGCCGUUGGGAUAAAUCACUGCCGGAAAAUCUCAAGCGGUCACUUUCUAGUGCGGAAAUCUUUGGAGACCCGUAAAUACGUUUAAUUCAGGGCAUCGACUCAUUCGAUUGUUCAGGAUUUGGGAUUAGUAUAUUUGUGGAAGAGCCUCAUAUUGUGAACCAGAUGAUGAAAAUAUGACCAUUUAUCUUUGGAUCAUACUCUUCUUGGCACAAAGUAGUAGAGCAAUCCCUGGACUCAGGUUUACCAAGAACCCCGCCAACCUCACGGUGACCCAGGGCAACAAGGUUCGCCUAGGUUGUUCCAUUGAGGGCCUGAGUGAGCCGGAGAUCGUGUGGAUGAAGGAUGGGGAGAAGCUGUACAGUACAGACCAGAUGUACAUCCCCCUGGAGCAACACCACUGGGAGACCUUCCACAGUGUGAAGUCUGUCCAGCAGCAGGAUACAGGGAUGUACUGGUGUGAGGUAGAGUUCCGAGGUUCAACCAUCUCUUCGGAGCCCGCCUGGAUAACAGUAGAGGGUGUCCCCCACUUUACACUUGAGCCCCAAGACGUAUCCACGAUCCCUGGCAUGCCCUUUAACCUGACGUGUACUGCUGUGGGUCCCCCGGGCCCGGUGGAGGUGCUGUGGUGGCUGGGAGGAGUACAGGAGGGAGACUUCACUUCCUCUCCAUCUGUACUCCAUGUUAACGGUGUUAAUAACAGCAUCAAGUUCUACUGUGAAGCCAAGAAUGCCAGAGGUAUCUCAGUAUCUCGAACAGGCACUGUGCACAUUAAAGUCCUCCCAGCAGCCCCUAAAGGUGUGCAGGUGGUCCACAUGGUGGAGAACAAUGUCACGCUGGCCUGGAGCCCAGGCUUCACUGGACACUCUGACCUGUCAGCCUGCACCAUCCAGAUUUCUAAGAACUCUGGGAGGAAGGUGGAAGUUCGAGACCAGUGUGUGAAGGUUCCACCGUUCCAACAGAUCCUCAAUGGGCUGAGCUGCUACUCCAACUACAGCGUUAGAGUGUGCUGUGACAAUGAGGUGGGGAUAUCCCCGUUCUCUGGCUGGCUGGACUUUCAGACACCAGAAGCAGUGCCCUCUGCUGCCCCCCGGAACCUGACCUUUGAACUAACUGAACAGCAUCUGUCCCUGAACUGGGCAUGCUUGGACGACAAGGAGCUGCAGGGGAAACUGAUGGCCUACAAAGUCCAGUGGAACCUGGGAGGAGAGGGACAGGAGGCGUUGCUCUUUAAAGAGAACAUGGCCCACCUGUCUGGUGGAGGUCGUUUCUUCAACGCCACCUUCCAGGUGUCGGCGUGUACAGUGGCCGGCUGUGGGCCCUGGAGCCAGCCUGUACUGGUCAUGCCCGCCUCAGCAGUGGCAGCCCAGACUCAGAGAGGCCAUACACAGUUUGGGUCUGUGUUCAAGCCACCGGGGACUGAGAGCACGGUCUCCUUCACUGCAGCCAGGUCAUUCAACAGGACCUGCUCUGAGCUCCCAGAAUCCACCUUGGACAGCUUGGGUAUCAACGACGAUCUGAAGGCCAAGCUUCAAGACGUUCUGAUCCCAGAAAGGCUACUGACCCUCGGACACAUCUUGGGAAAAGGUGAGUUUGGCUCAGUGCGUGAGGCCUUCCUAAAGAUGGAGGACAGCACUGUACAACAGAAGGUUGCAGUGAAGGUGCUAAAAACGGAUAUCAACUCAUCAUGUGAUAUUGAGCAGUGCCUGAAAGAGGCUGCUUACAUGAAGGACUUCCACCAUCCAAAUGUCAUCCAGCUCAUUGGAGUGAGUUUGCACAGGCGGCCUCAGCAACGGUUGCCCAUCCCCAUGGUUAUCCUGCCCUUCAUGAAGCAUGGGGAUCUUCACACCUUUCUGCUCAUGUCCCGCCUUGGAGACGAUCCCUUUACAGUGUCACUGCAAAUGCUCAUUCAGUUUAUGUUGGACAUUGCUCGUGGAAUGGAGUACCUGAGCAACAAAAGCAUCAUACACAGGGAUCUGGCUGCACGCAACUGCAUGCUGAGUGAAAACUUGACAGUCUGUGUGGCAGACUUUGGCCUUUCAAAGAAAAUCUACAGUGGUGACUACUACAGACAAGGAUCCGUCUCAAAGCUGCCUGUCAAGUGGAUAGCACUGGAGAGCCUUGCUGACAAUGUCUACACUACUCAGAGUGAUGUGUGGGCGUUUGGAGUCACCAUGUGGGAGAUCAUGGCACGUGGACAGACCCCCUACCCUGGGGUGGAGAACUCUGAAAUCUACGAGUACCUCAUCAAGGGAGAGCGGCUCAAACAACCACCUGACUGCCAAGAUGACAUGUACGAGAUCAUGCAUAGCUGCUGGAGCCCUGUUCCCAAGUGCCGCCCCAGUUUUCAGCACCUGAUUGACCAGCUGGAGGGGCUAUGGGCCAGCCUGUCCUCAGGGCCUAGUUUUAUGAAGGAGGCCCUUCUCUACGUUAACCUGGAGAGUGACGAGGGGGAGCCAGGGGCACUGGGCCCAGGGGAGGGCCCCUCGUGGUCAGCAAUGCCCUGGCAGUGUGUGGGAAUGGAGGAGGAUGAGAAAGACUGGCUCAUGGUGUCUUCUGGGGCAGCUCUGGCUAUUGGUGGAGACUACCGCUACAUCAUUGGCCCUAACUGCAACUGUACUGAAGAGGAGAGUGGGAGGCAGGGGGACUCAAUGGAUACCUUGCAGCAAGAAGUCAGGGAUGAGGAAUAUGAAGACACAAUCAUUAAUGUGUGAUUUAUAUUUUGAACAACAUGCCUGCUCCUCUGCCCUCCAGAUUUCAAACUGACAAGUUGGUUGUGGAUGGUUGGUCACUCACUACUGCCCCCCAGUGAAGUUUCUGAAGACAGCUGCUUACCAGCAUUUCUUGGAUUGAAGUGCAUAUCUCAAUGAACCUUUCUCCCCAUUUUAUUGCCAGUCAUAUGCAGUGUCAUGUUGUACUUUAAACUAAGGACUUCACAUUGACACACACAAUCAGCCUUAUGAUUACAUUCAACAAAGAACAAUAACACUACUGAUAUUUAAAAUGGUACAUUUGACUGAUAAACAGAACUUUAUAAUGGAAAAUUCUAUAGUAUUAUGCAUCUUUUGAAGUUUAUGAAGCAUUUGAUUAUAAAAGCAGUCCCUAUGUCCUUAGUGUACACUGUACUGUAGGUGGUAGGUAUUGAACAUUGGUAUUUGCUGCUUUGCUAACGAACUCCCUUAUCUCUAUGAUAAGCAUCUUCUGUCCAAAAGUGUGCUACACGUUCUUAAUCUGUAUUCUCAUUUAACCUUAGAAUAACAUUACACGGGACCACCACUGUAAUAAUCCCCUAACAUUGUGACUGAGUUAUUUAGAAUUAUAAACUGGGUGUUUUGAGCACUGAAUGCUGAUUGGCUGACACCCGUGGUGUAUCAGACCGUAUACCAGGGGUAUGACAAAGCUUUUAUUUUUACUGCUCUAAUUAUGUUGGUAACCAGUUUAUAAUAGCAAUAAGGCAGACCUCAGAUGUUUGGUAUAUGGCCAAUAUACCACACCUCAUGCUUUAUUUAAGUAUACCAUUGAGAAUUUAUGGAAACAGGAAUAUAUGCAGAACAUUGUUUAUGUAUUCAAGAAGAAUACCAGAGUGAGCAUGGAUAUGUGUUAAGACAUUAGCCGGAUGAAAUGUGAGCUUGUCGUUCACUGAUGUUCAAAGUGCUUACACACAACCUUGAUUUUGCUUUUGGAGCAUUCCAUGUAUGGGAUAUCAAGGGACAUGUUUUAAUAUUUUAAACGUAAUUUUUUGUAUGUUGUGUUAAAAUUAUUUCCAGAGAUACAACCUAGAGAAUUAAACAGAGACUUAUGAAGCUGGUGCUUUGUGUUGUGAUUCUCUCUGUCCAGUCCAUCCCUACCAGCAGGUUAAUAGUUGUUUUAGAUUUGUGCAUCAAGCUACAAUGUCAUUCUCACCUGAAGUGUAAGUAAAUAAAGUACUGGUUGUUUGUGA